AUAUCUUGUUACUACCAAACUCCUAAAUCUCAAAACCAUUUACUUUACUUUCUCUCUCAUUUUCACAAACUCUUCAACAAUGGCUUCAUCUUCUUUACUAAUCUUCAUUUCAAUUUUCAUCUUCAUCACUCUCAUCUCACCAACUCACUCUCUCAACUGCACUUCUCAAAAGCUUCCAUCAAACCGAACCUACAAAAACUGCACAGAUCUCCCACAUCUAGGUGCAACAAUUCACUUCACCUACAACACCACAAACCGUUCCCUCACCGUCGCAUACACCGCCGUACCGAUACACAACGGUUACGUUUCAUGGGGAAUUAACCCUACCGGAGGUGGAAUGAUAGGAACACAAGCACUUAUAGCUUACAAGAUGAACGGUAAAAUCGGUGUUGAAUUAUAUAAUUUAACUUCUUACGGUGGUAUUACCGCCGUUAAAAGUCUUUCUAUUGAAACAUGGGAUUUAUCAGCUGAAGAAAGUAACGGCGUUAUAACGAUUUUUGGAGCGGUUAGGUUUCCGGAAAAGGCGGAUAAUGUUAGUCAGGUGUGGCAAGUGGGCCCAGUUAAAGAUGGGAAGCCAGCAAUGCAUGCACUUGCAGCUGAAAAUAAGGAGGCCCAGGGGAGGUUGGAAUAUGUGACGGCCACCGUUGUUGGGGGUGGGAAUAGCACUAAUAGUACUGAAAAAAGUGGUGGAGUGAGUUUGGUUAUGGGUGGUCAAAGAUUUGGUGGGUUGGGAUUUUACUUUGGAUUUGUUUUAGUUUUGUUGAGUUUGGUUAUGUGAUUUGAGAAUGAAUAAUUGAAUAUUAUUGUGAAUUUGUGAUGUGAUUUUUUCAUUCUCCAACAAUAAGUUUUCUUAUUUAUUAGUGUAUUAUUAUUGUUAAUGUUAUCUAUAUUUUUGGUUUGUUUGUUGAA